GAUGACACCACUCGUUUCAAUUAGUUCCGCUCAGAAUUGCGCGUUGUUUGUACUAAUAUCUGCGCAUCAAAGAUUUAAAUUAUAAAUAUAUAUAUAUAUAUAUAUAUCGAUAGGCUCUACCACUUUGGAAAAUUCACAUUCACCUCUUUCACUUAUGUUCUCUCACCCAACUUCUUUCAUCUCUUCAUAAUAUCAAAUAAAAUCAACACUAUGGCUCCUCAAGUAUGGCUGAUCACUGGAACAACAUCCGGCUUUGGAGCUGAGUUCGUGAAGAAUCUCCUCAGCAGAGGUGACAAAGUUAUUGCCACAGCACGCAACACAUCCAAAAUUGUCCAUCUCGAAAAGGAAGGUGCUGCAGUCCUGAAGUUAGACUUGGAAAGCGAACAGGCGGAGUUCAACAAGCAAGCUGAGGCUGCCCUCGCUAUCUACGGAAAAAUUGAUGUCUUGGUGAACAACGCCGGGUACUCUCACUUUGGCACAAUUGAGGAAGACAAACGUGAAGACUGGGUCAAACAAUUUCAGACACAUGUGUUCGGCACUAUCGGUGUUGCUCGUGCAUUCUUGCCGCAUUUUCGGCAACAGAAAGCUGGAACUAUUGUUUUCAUUGGUUCCACUGCGGCCUGGCAAGGUAUUCCUACAUUGGGUGCAUACUGUGGUUCUAAGAGUGCCAUCCAACGUAAGCAAACCUGAAAAUUAUUCUCAACCAUCCAAUAAAGCUAAUAUGUUGAAAGUUGCCGUCGAUACCCUUAGACUCGAAGUCAGUUCAUUUGGAAUCCGAACGCUUAUGGUGGAGCCUGGGUUCUUUCGUACCGAGUUUCUAAAUGCGAAUAAUACUGUAUUCAUUGAACCAGAAAUUGAUGACUACAAGCCCUUAACGGGCCAGUUGUACGGACAGUUCAAAGGAGCCCAUAGAAAUCAGACCGGUGACCCUGAAAAGGGUGUCGCACGUAUCAUCGAGGUUGUGAAAGGUGAGGGAUUUGCGGCUGGCAAAGUUUUUCCACCAAGUUUGGCACUUGGGCCAGACGCCGUUGAGGCUAUUCGAAAGAGUUGCGAUGAGACGUUGAAACUUUUGGAGGAAUGGGAGCCUCUCUCAUCUGAUACCAAUCUUGAAUAGCUCUAGUGUAUCUACCUCUUAUACAUUAAAAAAUAAUAUCUUAUUA